CCGGCGCUCCUCCCAGGCAUGUGAAGCCCCCAGGCACCCGCGCAGUCGCCAGGUUCGCCCCAGGAGCGGGUGCCGCGGGCCGAGAUGCUCCUCCGGGACCUGGUGCUGCGCCGUGGCUACUGCUGGCCCUCACUGCUGCUGCACUGCGCGCUCCACCCGCUCUGGGGCUUCGUGCAGGUGACGCACGGGGAGCCCCGGAAGUCCUGCUCCAAGGUGACCGACAGCUGUCAACACAUCUGCCAGUGCCGGCCCCCGCCCCCGCUGCCCCCGCCCCCGCCGCCCCCGCCGCCGCCCCGACUCCUCUCCGCCCCAGCUCCCAACGCUACCUCGUGUCCCAUUGAGGAAAGCUGGUGGUCAGGGCUGGUGAUCAUCAUCGCGGUAUGUUGUGCCUCCCUGGUGUUUCUCACUGUGCUUGUCAUCAUUUGCUACAAAGCCAUAAAGAGGAAACCCCUGAGAAAAGAGGAAAACGGCACCGGUGUUGCUGAGUAUCCCAUGACCUCCUCGCACGGCAACAAAGGGGUGGACGUGAACAGCGCCGUGGUGUGAGUCUACAGGCCCUGGGCCGCUGGCCAGAGGGGCACCUCGGCGGCACUAGUGGACACAGGAAA